UGUUUACAAUUUACUCUUCAGGCUUCAGCUUACAACAUAUUAACUAAUAACUUUUUUUGAUUUAACGAAUAUUUGGGUCUAUUUAGUAUUUUUUUUUAAAGGUUUAAGAAUAAGUAAGACUCAGUUUUCUAAAAUAGUAGCUAUAAUUAUGUCUUUUGACACAUCUUGGGAUGUUGAUAAAUACAGAACUGAACAUGAAUAUGAAGAUCAUUGGCAAUUCAGGCGUCAAUUUUUAAUUUCUCAUCAAGAUAAAUACCCUGAGGAUAGAUUAGUAUGUUUAGCUCAAGUGUUUUUUAAUAUUGAGUUUUUAGGAUGCCAGUACCCUAAAAAAGUCAUGGAUCUUAUUGAAACACUAUCAGAAGGUUUGGCUGAUGAUUUAAGAGAAAAACGUAAAGGAAAAUUACAAAGAACCUUUGUUGCAGCAUCAGAUGCUGCUGAAGCUAAAGCUAAACGCUAAAAUUAUGAUAAUACUACAUAUCAGAUCAAUAUCAACCAGAUAAAUUGCAAACUUCAAAAUAAUUAUUUACAUGUGCAUAAUUACUGAACUAUUAAAAAUUAACAUUUUUAAUAUGCA